GAGGCUGCGAGCUGUAUCUGUCCAGUUUGGCUACCCAUCAUCGCGCAACUGCGCCUCAUAACCUAGAAUCUCCUGUACAGCUCUUAGAUUGUGCUAGCUUGCUCCUUGGAUCUUUAUACGCGUCGGGCUCAACGUUUGCGCUCCGUUUACACCUACGCCACCGCGGCGCAUCGACUGUUUCAGAUCGCCAAGCGUCAUUGGGGCUGCAUAGCUUCGAGGCUGUGAUUCUCCAACAGCCAGCUGUUCUUUCAACUGUGCGCAUACCUCAGACCUCACCACACACGUUUUCCAUCGCCUCUAUGCAUGAUGAAAUACCUUAAGGGCCUCCUGCUGCCCGCCCUGCUGGCACUAGCAUCGACCGCCGCCGCCAAGAAAGAAGAGCCGCUCGUUGAGACGACGGCAUUCAAGAACGACAUCGUCAACAUCCUGUACUUUGACGAUUCCGGAGUCGCCUUACUGCAAGAACUCGAGACGGGAAGCAUCUGGCGGUCACACGAUGCUGGCAAGGGCUGGAAGCAAUUACAAGACCUACACGGGCUGGGCAUAAUCAAGAGUCCAUAUGACAACAAGGUCGCAUUGGUCUUGGGCGAAAAGAAGCAUUGGGUCACGUAUGACCAGGGCGAGAACUGGGAUAGUUUCGAGACGGAGCUUCCGCCGUCGCCCCAAGUACCCGUAAACUGGCACGCCCAGGAUAGCAAGAAGAUCCUGAUUCACGAGAUCGAGAACUGCUUUACUGCGCCAUGUCUCGGACGGACCUACUACACGACUGAUGGCUUCAAGUCAAAGCCCAAGAUCCUCAUCGACGACCGCCGAAUGUGCCAGUGGGCAAAGGGCGCCGAACGCUUCCUCCAAGGCCAGGACAAGCACGAUGACCGCAUAUUGUGCAUCACCAGAGGCAAAUACUCGGACAGGUCAAAGGACUUUAGGCUCCUGAUUUCUGACAAUUACUUCAAGGAUGAAGAGGAGCCUGUCAUGUCAUCUGGACGUACCGUUCAGGGUAUGGCCAACAUGGCCGCUGUCAAAGGCUAUAUUGUCGCCGCCGCCAAAGCCGACCACUCCAACGAACUCGCCCUCUACGUAACCCAAGAUACCGAGACAUGGCAUCAUGCUCAGUUCGGCGAUCACAAAAUUGAGGAAGAUGCAUACACUAUCCUCGAGUCGACCAACUAUAGCAUACAAGUCGAUGUCAUGACCUCCAAGUACGUGGACAUGGGCAACCUCUACACGAGUAACUCGAACGGCACCCACUUCACCAAGAACAUGGAGCAUACAAAUCGCAACGAAGGUGGAUACGUCGAUUUCGAGAAGAUCGCAAACAUCCAGGGUGUGGUUCUGGUAAAUACUGUUGACAACUGGAAACAGGUAGAAAAAUCGGGUCAGGGCAAGAAACUAAAGUCGCGGAUCAGCUUUGAUGACGGCAGAUCUUUCGAAAAGCUCACAGUCAAGGGCAAGAAAGACGCAGAAUUGCACCUACACUCGGUGACUAACCUGCACAACAGCGGGAGGGUCUUUUCAAGCCCCGCACCAGGCAUCGUCAUGGGUGUCGGAAAUACUGGAGAUUACCUGGGCAAAUACACCGACGGCGAUCUUUAUGUCUCUGAUGACGCCGGUCUCACAUGGGAACUGGCGCUUGAAGAUGCGCACAAGUACGAAAUUGGCGACCAGGGUUCUAUUUUGGUAGCCGUAUUCGACGAGGGCGACACCGACGAGAUCAGGUAUUCGUUCAAGCAUGGGCGAAAAGAUACAUGGAAGAAGAUAAAGCUUGACUACAAGAUCCGCGCACGCGAACUCACAACCCUACCUGACUCGACGAGCUUGAAGUUUAUGCUCUACGCAUCUAAGAAGAAGGAUGGCGGUGGCAGAGAACAUGUUAUCAUCCACCUGGACUUCACUGAUAUGCUGAAGAAGUGUGGCGACAGCGAUUUUGAUGACGAAUGGUCUGUACGUAAAGAUGCAGACGGUGACCCAAGCUGCGUCAUGGGUCACAAGCAGCUGUUCCGCCGGCGAAAGUGGGAUGCCGAGUGCUUUGUUGAAGAGGUCUUCAAAGACCCGACACCAAACUUCAAGCCAUGUGAUUGCGACGAAUUCAGAGACUACGAAUGCGAUUUCGGAUUUACACCUACUGGAGAAGGCAAGGACAAGAAGUGCGAACCCAACGACUCCUUCAAAUUACCCAAAGGCGCUUGCGAGGGCGACGCAAAGACAUACAAAGCCAGCUCCGGUUGGAGAAAGAUACCUGGUGACCAAUGCAAAGGCGAGACCGAAAGAGACAAGCAAGUCGAGCGUGAAUGCGGAGACACUGAGAGACCGCCACCAAAGAGUGACAAGAUUACGAGCGAAAUCACCAGGUUCAAGGGAGGUGAAUUCUUGGAGCAGUACUAUCUCGAGGGCAAUACCCAGAGCGAUGACGACAAAGACGAAACAGUUGUCAUGCUGACCGAUGAGCGAACGGCCUACAUCACUCAUGACCAUGGAAAGAAAUGGAAAAAGGCUGUGGAUGAUGAGGUUGUUCGAAUCUACCCUCACCAGUACGACAACAACAGAGUUUACUUCUUGACUGCCGGCAAGAAAUUUUACUACUCCACAGACCGCGGACGUCGUGAUAGCAUCCGCUCUCACGAGGCACCCGUUAUGCCCAAUAAGGAAAGGCUCUCGAUUAUGCAAUUCCAUCCAAAGGAGGAGAGCUGGAUCAUCUGGAUGGGUGGAAAGCACUGCGACAAAGCUGGCGAUAAAGACUGUCAUACUGUAGCCUAUGUCUCACAGAAGAACGGUGAAGACGAAAGCUGGGAGCCGCUCGUACCGUACGUCAAAAAGUGCGCAUUUGUUUGGCGCGAAGCUGGUCGAAGCGUCAAGGAGGAGCAGAUCUUCUGCGAACAGCACACAAACGAGGAAAUGGGCGCUCCCCUUGAACUCAUCUCCAGUGAGGACUGGUUCAAGAAGAAGGAUGUCAAGUUCAAAUCUGUCGUGGAAUUUGCGACAAUGUCUGAGUUUAUCGUUGUCGCGACCAAAGCUGAUGAUGGGACUCUCCAUCUGGAUGCGAGUCUUGACGCCAACACUUUCGCCGAGGCCAAGUUCCCACCCAAGUUCUUUGACGUUCACCAGACAGCCUACACUGUUCUGGACAGCUCCACACACGCGGUCUUCCUUCAUGUUACAGUCAAUCCAACACGGGAUCAGGAGUAUGGUUCCAUUAUCAAGAGUAACAGCAAUGGCACAUCUUACGUUAUGAGCCUUGCCGCUGUGAACCGAAAUAUGGAAGGCUACGUCGAUUUCGAGAAGAUGCAAGGUCUUGAGGGAGUCGCUGUCGCCAACGUUAUCGUCAACGUCGAUGAGGUCAACAAGGGAUCUAAGAAGAAGAAGCAGAGUCGCAUCACGCAUAACGACGGCGCUGACUGGGAACCUCUUCAGGCGCCUGAGAAAGAUUCGGAAGGCAAGGCAUACGAAUGUGAUGUUUCCGACAAGUACAAGUGCGGUCUGCAUAUUCAUGGAUAUACAGAACGUGCUGAUCCUCGGGAGAUGUACUCCUCUCCGACAGCAGUAGGGAUGAUGCUUGCUGUUGGAAAUGUUGGCUCAGAGCUGUCUACCUUUGGUGAAGCCAAUACCUUCAUGACGACCGACGCAGGUAUUACCUGGACCGAGAUCAAGAAGGGUACCUACGCCUGGGAGUUUGGCGACCAAGGCUCCGUCAUAGUCAUCGUCCGCCGCGGAGAAGAUACUGACCACGUCUAUUACUCCCUUGACAACGGCUCAAAGUGGAACCUCUACCAAUUCUCCGACCAUAAGAUACGCGUUGAAGCCAUCACUACCGUGCCUAGCGACACUUCUCUAAACUUCCUCCUUUGGGGUAAAGACAGCAAAGAACUUGUUGCUGUCAACCUUGACUUCUCCGGUCUACCAGAGUUCAGCAAAAAAUGUGAGCUCAAUGAGAAUAAUCCUACCAGCGGUGAUUACGACCUCUGGAUUCCACAGCACCCGCUCCAGAAAGAGGAGCCUCAGUGUCUGUUCGGUCACGUAGCACAAUACCACCGUAAGAAGAGAGACGCCAAGUGCAAAAACGGUCAGCGCAUCGAUCAAAUGCACGACAUUGCACGAAAUUGCUCCUGCACCAGGCGAGACUUUGAAUGUGCAUACAACUACGAGCGCGACGCAAGUGGUGAUUGCAAGCUUGUGGCCGGUCUCACGCUGCCCGAGGCGUCUGCCGUAUGCAAAGACAAGAACGUAAAAGAGUACUACACCGACGUCCGAUUCCGCAGGAUCCCUCUCUCCACCUGCGAGGGCGGUCAGGAAUUUGACAAGACGGGUGACCCACACCCUUGCCCCGGCUUCGAAGAGGACUUCCAGAAAAAACAUGGCAUCGGAGGUUUCUCCCUGUUCUUGGCUAUCGUCCUUCCCUUUGCUGCAGCAGGCGGUGUCGGAUACUAUGUGUGGAAGCACUGGGACGGCAAAUUUGGUCGCAUUCGCUUGGGUGACGGAAGCGGAAGUGGCGCAUUCGACUCGGAUGCGCCAUGGGUCAAAUGGCCCAUCGCUGCUGUAUCGGGCCUCGUGGCUGUCAUCAGUGCACUGCCUCUACUCGUAGGCAGCGUUUAUAGAUGGGCUGCUGGCAGAAUGGGUGGCGGAGGUGGAUAUGGGGGUUAUGGCAGGACGUAUACUUCUAGAAGCAGUUUUGCGCGCGGCAGGGGAGAUUACGCGGUUGUGGAUCCCGACGAAGGGGAACUGCUGGGCGAUGACAGCGAUGAGGAGGUAUGAAGAUCUCUAUCAUUGGAUGGCUAAGAUAAAUAUGAGAGAUUUGGCAUUGGUCAUGGUUAUGACAGGUUGGUAAGUGUGAAACGGGUGAUGCAGGGUAUGGUGGUAUGGAAUUUGUACAUUCUUUGUAGCAAUCAAGUUGUUUGAUGAUUAUGUAGGAAUGGGUGGUGAUAGUCAGAUGGACUCCCAGGUGGCUGAAAGCUUGUCGCAUCUGUCAAAAGUGCUGUGCGUCAUGACACUAAAUCUAGUGUGAAUCGCGUAGAAUUUUGUACCCUGACGGUUGAGUUGACAGAGAAGCGGCAAGUGCUUUGACGUAAAGAUUACUGGACCUGCCUUGGCAGAACGG